CCAGGCUUCCACGUUUCACUCCACCGCUUGUUUCCAGUUACCACCACUCCACUUCUAGGUUCCAGCCGUGCCGGCGCCGCCGCUUGCGCUACUCUGCGCGCCCUCGCCGCUGCUUGCUUGCUCGCAACUUAGAAGGUGACGCCGCCUGCCCAGUGCGAGCACGCCUCCACUUGCACUGCGGGCUGCGGCCCUGCCGAAUCUGGAAGGUGUCGAGGUAAGCUUUUGGGAUUCCUUGCCUGUGAUGAGGUGUCGAGGUAAGCUUUCUUAUGAUGACGUAGUUCUAGGCUACAACAACAUGUGUGCUGGGCUGCUAGCACAUAGCUGUGUGCUGGGCUGCUGACUGAUAGCUGUGAGCAGCAGUAGAUUGCGUUUUGCGUGCUGGGUUCGGGUACACAUUUUCGGUUGUGCUCCGCCAGACGUGGAGCCUAGGAGGGUUUCAGAAGCUUGCGGAGCCAGGCGGCCGAGCUUCUAGACAUCAUUGCUCAAACCUAGUCUAUCUUUUUGACAGAAGAAAUAGAUCCUUGCACUCCAUGCCGCUAUGAUCAGCGCUGGCCGCAGCAGGCGGCGGGGGCGGGCACCGGCGUCCCUGCCCACGACCACGACCGCUGCUUCCCGCCGGACCGAGCACUCCAUCUCCUGCUGUUAUUGUGACUGCAAGAUAUAUUCCUUAAACGACGCCCUCUUCAAUUUGGGGUGGAAGUAUGCUAGAUAUAUGAGAGCAUGGUUUUCUGUAGGUGUUUAUCUAUCUCUCAUUGCUUUAGUCAGUAUAUCCUUGGUCCCAUAUCUUCGGAUGUAAUGUGGAUGAAGUUAAGCUUUGGUUAUAUUUUCCCCCCUAGGAGUGGAUUCCUUAGUGCCUGGUUACAGAACCUACUGACUUCAGGUCUCAACAUAUCUAUUGUAGACACCACAAUCAUUAUAAUGUCAACAAUCCUGUCUAUUGUUUUUCAUGAGUUUGGACAUGCCAUUGCAGCUGCAAGUGAGGGACUACAGAUUGAAUAUGUUGCUAUAUUUGUCGCUGUACUUUUUCCUGGGGCAUUUGUUGCUCUGAACUAUGACCUACUACAAAAUAUGCCUCUCUUUUCCAUGCUUCGGAUUUAUUGUGCAGGGAUUUGGAAUAAUGUUAUGCUCUGUACAGCAUGUGUGAUGAUAACAUUGUUACUUCCUGUGAUGUUAUAUCCUCUCUAUGUGAGUGGUGAUGGCCUCAUGGUCAUGGAAGUCCCUGAAAUAUCUCCUAUGUCAGAAUACUUGUCCACUCAUGAUGUUAUUCUUUCUGUGGAUGGUCUGAAAAUAACCAGAACUGAUGAUUGGAUCAAGAUUCUGAACCAAGGUACUACAGCGAAAUCUAGGGAUCCUGAAUUCCUUGAAGGCUCUCAUAGAUAUGUUGCCACUAGUUCUACCAAGGGUUAUUGCGUGCCCGAUUCAUGGAUAGAUGCAAGCAAAAAUCUCUGGCAGAUAAGAGACAAGCUGCCUUGCCCAGAUGAACUGAUAGCCUUCGAAAAAGUUAUCUGUAACGUCUCAACCAUUUUGACAGAGAAGACUAGCAUAGGUAGUGACCAGAAGGAAGUUGAGGGAAAAUAUUGUUUGAUUGCGAAAGAUGUAGUAAAGCUUAGAAGAUGUGGAAACGGAUGGCACAUGACUGAAGAUGAUGAAAGUAGCUGUGCAUGUUUUGAGGAUGAGCACUGUUUGGUACCUGUUCUGAACCCAGGCUUUUCAUGGAUUGAGGUCUCCUAUGCCAGGCCAUACUCUUUGAGAUGUUUACAAAAAGGAGGAAAUUUGUUAUCAUCACAUACUGCAAAUAGUAACUUUGGACAGAGUCCUUGUGAAGGAUCUUUUGUUUAUGUGGGUGAUCUGUCAUCAGCAGCACGUUCGGUUAGGUUAUCCCGCUACCGACCUCGAUGGGCACUUCUACUUUUCAUUGCAGACAUCCCAUAUAUCUUGGAAAAUGGUUUAAGUAGCUUGCUUCAUGCAUCUGCAGCAUUGGCUGUAAUCAAUUGCCUACCGGUGUAUUUUCUGGAUGGUGAAGCGAUUCUGGAGACUACCUUAAGCUAUGUAGCUUGGUUUACCCCAAGACUGCAACGCAGAAUUCUAAAAGUAUGCAGCGUGGUGUGGACGGGUUUAUUAGUCAUUACUUUCUCAAGUAUUUGUUAUUCCACAGUGCUACAUUAUGGCGUAUAGCAAAUAACCCAUGUAAUUUUGUCUUGAACAAAGAGAAGAUCAUUUUAAUGGAACAUGCCAACUGUACUCUGUCCAUUGUAAAUUAUAAGUUGUUUUGACUUUUAUAUAUACAUAACUUUUGUUA